UUACUCAAAUAAUGCUUUUGAUGCAAAAUUUUAUCUAUUAUCUCUAAAUGAUAUCAGUAAUCAUUAUUUUGCUAUGAACUACGUCGAUAUUUUUAUUGCUUACGCAUAGUAUUAUGUGCCAUAUGCUUUUAAUACAUAAACGUUGCGAUUGUUUCGUUUAAUUAUUAAUUAGAAAACACAAUGAGGGCUCUUAUAUUAGUUGGGGGCUACGGUACUAGAUUGCGACCGUUAACAUUAAGCCGUCCGAAGCCUUUAGUGGAGUUUGCAAAUAAGCCUAUAUUAUUACAUCAAAUUGAAGCCUUAGUUGGUGCUGGUGUUACUCAAGUAAUAUUAGCAGUUUCAUAUCGCGCUGAGCAAAUGGAAAAGGAGUUAAAAGAAGAAGUAGAUAAGUUAGGUGUAUCAUUAGUGUUUUCACAUGAGUCUGAACCAUUAGGUACAGCUGGCCCCCUUGCUUUAGCAAAGUCAAUUUUGGAAUCUAGUUCUGAACCUUUCUUUGUUUUAAAUUCUGAUAUUAUAUGCGACUUUCCAUUUAGAGAAUUAGCAUCAUUUCACAAAAGUCAUGGUAAGGAAGGUACAAUUGUAGUAACAAAAGUAAGUGAACCUUCAAAGUAUGGUGUUGUUGUUUAUAAUGAGGGAGGCUGCAUUCAAAGUUUUAUAGAAAAACCUCAAGAAUUUGUUUCAAAUAAAAUCAAUGCUGGUAUGUAUAUUUUAAAUCCAAGUGUUUUAAAAAGAAUAGAGUUAAAACCAACUUCAAUUGAAAAAGAAGUUUUUCCUAAAAUGUGUUCAGAUAAAGAACUUUAUGCUUUCGAAUUGCAAGGGUUUUGGAUGGAUAUUGGACAACCUAAAGAUUUUUUAACAGGUAUGGCUUUAUACCUGGGUAGUCUCCGAAAGAAAAGUCCAGAGUUACUAUAUGCAGGUCCUGGAGUGGUGGGAAAUGCUCUGGUAGACCCUACUGCACAAAUUGGCAUUGGCUGCCAAAUUGGUCCAAAUGUUACAAUAGGACCUGGUGUUGUUAUUGAAGAUGGCGCUUGUAUUAAGAGGAGCACAAUACUGAGAGAGGCAAAAGUUAGAUCACAUUCCUGGCUGGACGGUUGUAUUAUUGGAUGGAGAUCUGAUGUGGGAAAGUGGGUUCGAAUGGAAGGUACAACUGUACUAGGAGAGGAUGUAAUUGUUAAAGAUGAACUAUACAUCAAUGGUGGCCAAGUUUUACCUCAUAAAUCUAUUGCAAAUUCAGUCCCUGAUCCACAAAUUAUUAUGUGACUGACUACUUUUAAUAUAUUUUAAUAUAUUUAU